CACAAAUAGUAUAUUUUGAUGUAUUUUGGACAUGGAGUAACAAAGGACAUGUAAUAAAUUUGUCAUCAAUAACAUAAACAAAAUGGAUGGUCAUUUAUAUCAUGUGCUCGUUGGAAAAAGGUGUAAAGAUGCUUCUUAUUUUAAUUCUUCUUUUAAGUUAUCCCAUUUCUACAAGAGCUGUCAUCAUAAAUGGCAUGCAAUGUCAGUGUACGUGUACUGAUCCUAAAAUUCCAAACCAAAAAGUCGAUACCAAUGGAAAUCUUAAGGUGAAACCUAACAGUCAAAAGUCAACCAACGUCAAAACUGCUGACAUCACAAAUAGUUCACAAAAUCUGACUAAAGAUAAACAACAGAUGUCAACAGAAAAUAAGAAAGAUAAAACAAUUUUGGUCAGUAAGGAUCAAAUAUCUCGUAUAAAGGGAGACAAAACAAGUGGUGUUGUGAAUUAUAAUAAAAACAUUAACGACAAAAGUAACAAUUCAGUACAUAAAAAUAAAAAAGGACAAAAGAAUAGUAAUUAUGUACAAAUUGGUCCUACGUAUGGUGCGGGGAAAAAGUAUCCUAUGGCAAGUCAUGGGUAUAUUGUACCGUUAAAUGACAAAACAAUAGUGCCAGCGAAUCCAAACAAACAAGAAAUUGGCAAUAAAAUUGCAAAAAACGAAAAAGAUAUAUUUCAAAUGUUUAAAAGCGAAUUGGAUAUAAUUGGAAAGAAACAGAAAUCAAAUACAGAUAACAACGUAAGGACUGGAGAUUCGACUGCACCUACAAACACUAAUAACAACAACAAUGGUAACUUUCCCGGAAACAAUCGACCAUUUAACAUUAACCGGAAUAACGGGAAUAAUAAUAAUAACAACAAUCAGUGGCAGACACAGAACAGAAAUUAUGGCAAUAAUAACAACCCUAACAAUGGUAAUAAUAACAAUAAUAACCAACUGAGGAAAGGAAACAACAAUAAUAAUCAACAAUGGAAUCAAAACAACAACAACAACAAUAAUAACCAGCAAUGGAAUCAAAACAACAACAAUAAUAACAAUAACCAACAACAAUGGAAUCCUAACAACAACAACAACAAUAACAAUAAUAAUAAUAACCAACAAUGGAACCAAAACAAUAAUAAUAACCAACAAUGGAACCAAGACGAAAACAACAAUAAUAAAAAUAACCAACAAUUGAAUCAAAACAAUAAGGUUAAUCAGCCACAGAAUCAAAACAUCAAUAAGGACCAUCAAAGGAAUCAAAACAAUAAACAAAACCAGCCACUGAAACCUCAAUAUAAUAAAAAUGACGUUGAUAAGCUAUGGAAAACAAUGGGAUCCUUAAUAGUCAGUAAACUACAAAGUAUUUCUCAACCAUCACCACAGCGAACACAAAAAAAUGGUCGAUCAUUCCCAAAUGAAUCAUCUCGAAAUCAGAGGAGAAGAAGAAGAAAGAAAAAGGUUGGAACGACAAUGAGUCCACACGAUAUGGCAGAAGAAAUGUUUGGGACAUCUGAAGUAGAUCCUGCAAUAUUAGAAAUGCUGGCUAAGUCUAACAAGAAUAAAUUUCAAUUAUAACGUUGAGUUAAA